UCUGCCAUUUGUAACAAGUGCAAAUACAAAGUAAAGACAACAAAAUAGAAUUUGUUAUUGCUUCAAUACUCGUCUACACCAUUUGUGUAAAUAUUCAAUUUUCAUAAAAAUUAAAAUUAUUUAUGAUAUUAAGGUAGUUACCCUGGUGAACCUUAAACAAAACAAGAUAAUAAAAGUGCUUACGUAAACGUCAGAAAUCAGUGAAAUUCCAGCACAAAGAACACGUCGAACAUCCAUUGUCAACCACCACCCACUGUGGGCUUCGAAAGGAAGACCAAACCAGAAACGUACCCAUUUACCUCUGUUAUCGUUCUGCAUGAAUAGUUGUGCAGACAUUCCAACUGACAGUUUUCAGAGGACCUUCGCGAAAGUUGGAAGCAAACUUGAAAAGUCUCCAUAGUUAAGAAAAGAUAUUAAAUAAAACUUCAUAUUGAGGCAGUAAGCAACAUUGUUAAGCAAAGUGGCCAAAGUUCAGCAAUUCUAUAUACUAUAGUACGCCUAUCUUGAGCGAGGUUGCAUUUAAUAUCGAUUGAAGUGAAAAUUUUUCAAAAAUGAAUUUUGGUUGAAAAAGAUUAAAAAUCCGAAGCAUUUAAAAAUCAUACUUCCAAAUUUAUUGAUUUGCAAUUGGCCUUUCGAAAAACUUGAGUGAAAUAAAUUUUUAUUUCACUUUGCAUUACUUUUUUGCCAAAAUAUUAUAGUCACACAAGUGAAAAUAUUUCAACUAUAAUUUUUGUGGUUAACUUUAAGAAACAAAUGUAAAUAUCUUAACAUUGAAAAGUUCACAUAUUAGAGAAAAAGUGAAAAAGAAAAAUUGGAAAAACAGAAUAAUCUGCAAAAUAGUCAACAGACAACGUAAUCGUAUAGAGGAAAAUAAAACUCAGUGCUCGUUUUAAGCCACUCGUGAAACGCGAGAGAUUCGCCCGUGUGUUAUACGCUAGCAGUCAACCCUUGUUUUCCUAUUCAGGGCGAUAUUUGUACAUUCCAAAAAAAAGAAAAAGUAACGAAAACGUAGUGACGCGCGUCUUAAAUUCGACCACCCACUAAAUAAGAAAUACCGACAAUUGCACACGAGAGAACCUCAUCUUCUGUUUGGUGGUGUGCUCUUUACAUUUUGCUCUUCCACGCACUAGUUACUAAGUUAAGCCCAUAAUCGGCACGCCGUCUACGAGUCUGUAAAAAAAAAAAAUACAAGCAACUAUACAAGUAACUUGGCAGUUAAAUCCUCAUAUGAAUAUAUGCACACAUAUACAUAAUCAUUGAUUUGUGUACCUACAAAGUAAGAUAGCAAGUGCAUCCUUGAGUAAUAGACAAGUUUCACGUUAACAACAGGAAUUAAUAGAAAAUAAAAAUGUUCUCUGGUCUAACAAAUCAAUUCACAUCAUUGGUGGGCGCCGUCAAGGGCGGUCAAGCCGACGAAGAUGUACCUGCACCUACCCAGGAUGCUGUUGGCGCAUCAGAAGUACCCGCUGCUGCAGCAGCACCAGCAUCAACUGCAAGCGCCGAACAAGUAGCGAAUGCGGCUGGUGUUGGUGGAGAGCAGCUUCUUGAAGGUGAAGAGGGUGCUAAGAGCGGUCCAACCAUUGUUGAUCAAUUCCUCACUGAAGCAACUGGUUGGUUGGGAAGUGCCAAAGGCUGGUUAGGCAGUGCCAGCGCUUCAAUUCCAUCAAUGCCGGCAAUGCCUACCAUGUCUAUGCCAUCAAUGCCAGCUAUGCCAGCCAUGCCGUCGAUGCCCUCAAUUCCGGGGCUGCGCAAAGGUGGCGCCGAAGCUGGUGAGGGUGUCGCCGCAGAUGGCACUAUCGCCGAGAGUGGAGAACCAACAGGUGCCGUGAGUGGUGAAGAUGAUGACAAAUCGAGGUACAUUAGUGCUACAGAAGGUGCUGAUUCGCACCCCGCUUCCGGCGGCGGCACACCCACUGGUGAGGAAGGUCAAAUCGGACAGGGUAAGGGCGAUGAAGCGAACAUUACCACCAAAGUAACACAACAGGCCAAGCAUUUCGGCUCGUUCUUGUCGUCGGCAAUAAAUAAGGCGGGCGCUAAAAUUAAGGAGACCGUUAAGGAGAAUCCCAUACUUGAGUCAUUCAACAAAGAAAAGGAAGCCUUUAUUAAAAGUCAAGGCGGCGCAGAUUCCGGUGCUGCACCAUGGAUCGGUCACGCCAACGAGUCUAAGAUCAAAGAGGAAAUUCUCGGCCUCGCACAGGAUCGCCGCAAUUUUGUGCGAGCACCACCAGCUGGCGUUGAUUUCGAAUUCAACUAUGAUACAGCGUAUCCCACAGCUAUUGCUAUAAUGGCCGAGGAUAAGGCGCUGGAGACAAUGCGAUUUGAAUUGGUACCCAAAAUCAUUACCGAGGAGAACUUCUGGCGGAAUUAUUUCUAUCGUGUUUCACUAAUUAUUCAGGCAGCUGAAUUGGGCACACUUGGCGCUGAUGGUGUUGGUCAGGCCUCAAGCGGUGAAGACGCCAACAACUUACAAAAUGACAAAUCUCAAGAUAAAACUACUUCUGCUGGCUCUGUCACCAAUGACAACCGAACGGCAAGCGCAUCAAAUAAGGAUGCCGAGCCAGCUACACCAAUAUCCCCUAUAUUCCAACAACCCACCAGUGUUGGUGCAGAUCUGAUUGAUGACAAAAAAUCUCGACACAGUGAAUCAGAGUUUGUUUCGGAUUCUUUCCAAACGAAUGCCGAUAUGGAUUUGGAAGAAAUCAAGGAUGGCAUGCGUAAAUUAGGUAUUGAUAGUAUGACAGAACAAGCAUUAGGCAGUGAUGAAGAACAAUGGGAAAAGGAUUUGGAGGCUGAGUUGAAGGACUAUGAAGUGGUGGGCGGCACAACAACAGGCGGUCCGUCGACGACACAUAGCCGUGACCGUGCCGGCGGCACUGUAAACAAUGCUAAUGGCGAUGAUGGUGACGACGAAAUACCGACAAUAUCAAAUCUGCGCACACGUACAACAAACAACGAUUGGGAGGAAGAGUAUGCCGAUCUGAUCGAGGAUACCGAUGAUUUAAAGUAAUUAAGAGCCUAUAUCGUAGCUUCUUCUAACUAAGUUCAUGCAAAUAACGUUUCGAUAGAAUUAUUAUUCACUUUACUUUUAUAAGCCACCGCAAUACCAUCUAUUAUUCUCAAUGUCAUAAUUUGUACUACCACCACCACCAGCCACCACAAGUACUUUCAAUGAGCCAUUCUCCGAAAAAUGUUCGGAUCUUUUUUUUUUUUUUUUUUUUUUUUUUUUUGUUUUUUUGAACGUAUUUCAUUACUGUACAUUAUGCGUUUACUUACUUGACUUGAUGUAUUUGACGUGUAUUUUCUGGCUUUCUUCUUUUUCUCCUUUCAAACACCCGACAUUUGCUACCGACGGCCUUACGUUCUUUCUAUCUGACUUUAUGCUUAAUUUAACUUUGGUAAUUUUGGUAUUUACCCCCCUGUAACUGUAACUGUAACUUAAUUUUGUUUUCUUUUCGCAUUAUUUUCAAUAAAUUAAAUAAUUUAUCAAAUGUGCGUACAUAUACAUAUGCAUAUAUUAUAUGUGUUAUAUGUGUAAAUUUAAAAAAAAAAAAUGUCUAACUAUGUAUGUAUGCAAUGUGCAAUGUAAAAAAACAACAUAACAAACAAACAACAUAUAUAUGUACGUAUAUUGGCCAAAUAAAAUAUUCUGCCACUUAAUUUAGGACACUAAAAAGUUUGAAGCGGGUGAUGUUGGGUUAUCAAAAAGCCGAAGAGUUCUUUACAAUUUUUUAGUUUCCCGCAACUUUUUCGUAUUUUCAAUUUUCGUAUGCAAUUAGUCAAGCAAAUGUAAUAUUAAUGACUAAUUAGAAAUUCGAACUGCUUAUAUACAUAUAUAUAUGUUUUUAUGGAAUUUAAUUUAAUUUAGGGAAAAAUUAAAAAAGAAAUAACGGUCUUGCCUUGUAAAUUUUUUUAUUGCGACGAAAUGCUACCAAAAUAUCACCAGAGCAGAGCGUAGCUUACAAGUAAAGUAAAACUCUGAAAAUGGAAUCGUGCAGCUCGGCGCAUAAAACUCAGCAAAAUACUUUUCGAGCUACCGGCCUCAGACACUUGAUUACUCGACACCUCUAUUGCGAGGACAAUUUUUAAAAAUACUGAAAAAGAAAUGAGAAGUAUAAUUACAUUGUUUGCACCGUAAUGAGUUUCACUAAAUAAUAAAUUUUAGAUUAUUAUAAACUUUUCUGAAGUACUACCUACUGGGCUAAGACAACUCUCAACUCACAAUUUCCACUUAUAAAUUUAUUUCGAAAUUUUAAUAAGCAAACUUUGUUAGGAAUGUUUAAGUCAUGAAACCAAAAGUAGCUAAAGAAAAGUAGUAAGAAAAAAAGUACUAGGCAUAUUCAUGUAGUACGUGUACUGAUUUUUUUUGCAGGUUCUAAAAAAUUUGUAUAUUUAUAAAAAUUAUUUAAAAAUAUUACGUGAUACUUUAGCAUAUAAUAUUAUAAGCCAUUUUUCGACAUAGUCGCCACACCUCUCCGUCUUCGAAGAAGUUUCCCACCACUUUCUCCUUUAUCUCUACGUCGAUUGAAGACUUGUUUCCACCCAUGUGCCGCUUCAGGAAGAUAAAGAGAUAUUAAUCUGAUGAUGUUAUAUCAGCGGGUGGUUCAGUACAUCCCAUUUGAGCGAGGCGAGUAGACGUACGACCGUUUUUAAAACUCACAACACCGCUUGCAAAGUCGCAUGCGAUAUAUAGCUUUAUCACUUUAUGCGAUUAGCACCACAUUAAAAAUAUCAAACGAAGUUUUUUCACUUCAAAACGAGAUAACCGUGAACGCCGCGUAGUUCACACUUGGCGGUAGGCUGUAUUGACAUUAUUCACGAAACAUAUUGUCGCAUUGACAGUUCUCAACGUGCUGACACGUACGAAUCGGAUCUGGCGGCACUAAGGACGAAAAUAAAAUCCCUCCAGCCGUGAGAGUCUCAGUACACUUACUCUCUGCAUAUGCCUCGUACAGACGCAUAUCACGUAAUUUACGAAUUUAAUUUCGUUGUAAACAAUUUUUUUCUUAGGAUCUUUAAACGAUUCAGCAAAAUAUUACUUUCCAUAUUAAACGAGUGAGGGCCGCAAGAGCCACGUGGUUAGCAUUGCGUACUAACACUCAGUUUGCUAGAUUUCGUAUGCUGGUUCGGUCAGCAUUCUAAAAUUAUAGCAAAUUCUUAUUUUCUAAUUGCGGUCGCCCCUCGGCAGGACAUGUAAAGCCCGACGAGUGUAUUUCUCAAAUAAAAAUAAAAGUUGCUUCUGAAAAUCUUAUUUGACGCAUUUGGCGGCGUCUCGGAAUAAACUUUUUUCCGGCCAUUUGUUUCAAGAGCAUUAAGGCAGCAAAAACGCAGAUUCAGCGGUUAUAAAGCAGCAAUUAUAUACAUAUGUAUAUACAUAUUACCCGUUGGCAUUUUCGACAGAUUAACCCCGCGCGCCUAGCAACGAAUCAUUCCCAUAUUUGUUUUCCAUUGAAAUAUUUUUAAAAUAAUUCAAAUAGUUUUUAGCGAAUUUAUUCUGAAUUUACUACAUACAUACAUACAUAUGUAUUUGUUUUGUAAUGAAUGUUUAACAACAAAAUAUAUGUAUGUAACUACAAGGCAUGACCUGACCCACUUGCAUUACGGAUUGAGGUUUUUUUUUUGCAGAGUUUCGAACUCUUUACUCCUCUCCAUCAAAUUUUCAAUACGCAAAAGGCAAAGCCAAUUUGGUGGCAGGUAAAAUAUGUAUGUAUGUAAGUGAAGUUUGAAAAUAUUGUUUACUGAAGCGUUAGAUUUCAUGCUAAAAUGAUGCAUAUAUGCAAUUUUGUGUACACAAACAAGAAGUUGGAAAGAAAAAAUCCAAAACAGAAAACGAUAAUGGCAAAAAAAAAAGAUGAAAUAAACGGUAGAAAUGGACGAAAAACUAGUAUCAAAACCUAGACGCCUAAAUGUAAUAGUAACACAGCAUAAACACAAUUAUCUAUACAUACAAGCAAACAUACACACAUAUAUGUAUAAAUAAAAAUAUUAUAUAUGUAUGUAUGUGCGUAUAUGUAUACAUUUACAUAAAUAUAUUGGAAGAAUAAAAAAAUUCUUGAACUCUAAAGUGAACAACAAAAAAAAAAACACAUACUAACAACGUACAGGCAUAAUUAUGUAUGUAUAUCAUAUUGAGUAACAAACCUUAAUAUUUAAAACAGUUGAAAUAAAUGGUUAAUAUUUAUAAAAAGAAAAAAAACAACACAAAAAACGAAAAACAAAAAACACUUGUAGCAAAUUCUAGAGGAGCGGAGGGAGAGCACACCUGCAGAAGUAAAAGAUGAUUCAA